UGGAUUGUGAGCGUGCAGAAGGUCUGGGAGACGCACAUCUCACAUGUGUGUGGAGGGUCCCUCAUCCACCCGCAGUGGGUGCUGACCGCAGCCCACUGCUUCAUGCCCCACAAGCUUUCCUCUUUCCAUGGGAAGCAGGAGGCAAGGAGCUGCUGGGUUGCUCCAGCGCGUACCUCUGCUCCCUCUCAGCCCUCUCUCCAUCUGCCUUCCAGGAAUGUCCCAGCGUGGCGCGUGGUGGCCGGUACCACCUCCUUAACUGAUAUGGGCCCAGAAACACAACUGCGCUACAUCAGACACAUCAUCGUUCACCAAGGCUAUGAUAACACCACUCAGGCGAAUGACAUCUCCUUGAUGGAACUCUACGAGCCUCUCCAGUGCAGCCCCUACGUGCAGCUCACCUGUGUGCCCGACUUUUCACUGCGACUCUGGGAGCUGAGAAACUGUUCUGUUAGCAGCGGGGGCGUCACCACGGCCACAUGUGAGUUCCCCAAAAGUAUUUCUAUCCUGGGUGCAAGCUGGGAACCCUGGGCAGGUGGGCUGGGCGUCCGAACACUUUGAGCUCAGUUUCUUGAACGUGUUUUUCAUGAUCGUUAUCAAGUUAAACUGCAAAUUGUCCUGCUAUUGUUCCAUGCCUCCUUAGGAGCUCAAGACAUCUACUCAGGCUCGAAUCAUCCCUGCAGGCCUUCUUCCCUGUCAUCUGUAACGCUAUUUUGCAGGUCGUGCACCAACAGGCAUUACACGGCAUUUUCUGGCAUGAAUUCAAUUUACCCCCUUCACACAUUCAAUCCUUUGCUCUUCUAUGAGUCUUUGUUCCAGAAAUAAAGCUCCUGGUUUUCACAUCAAACUCUUCUUCAGUCCCUUUUUCUCCAUUCACCUUCCAGGAAUGUCCCAGCGUGGCAUGUGGUGGCCGGUAUCAACAACUUGGCUCAGGAGGGCCCUGAGGUCCAAGUGGGCUAUGUGAAGCGGAUCCUGGAUCACAAAGGCUAUAACAACAUCACCAUGGCAAAUGACAUCUCCUUGAUGGAACUCCACGAGCCUCUCCAGUGCAGCCCCUACGUGCAGCGCGCCUGCGUGCCCGAUUUCUCCCUGCGACUCUGGGAGCUGUGAAACUGCUAUGUUCUCCCAUCUGGCUGGGGGGAUACCACGGCCAGAUGGGAGUUCUUUAAAUGUGUUUUAUUGUCCUGGAGCAAGCUGGGAACACUGGGGAGAGGGGCUGGGGGUCCUGACAGCAAGAGGGAGAGCCAACAUCAGCCUGGGAGGACGUCUGCCUCUGGGGAGAUGGCAAUAAGCUGUGAACCAAAGCAGGGUGGAAGGGAAACACCAUGCUGCCUCUAUGGAUACAAAGCCAAGCACCAGGGAAGGGAGGAUGGGGACAGGAAGCAACUGCCGGGUACUCAUUCCUGUCUUGCCCACAGCUCCUGGAACACCCCCUGUGCUGCAGGAGGCCCAAGUCCUCCUCAUCGACACCCAAGUCUGCAACAGCAGCGGGUGGUACCGCAGGGGCAUCCACUCCCAAAACCUUUGUGUGGGAUAUCCACAGGGCGGCAUCGACACCUGCCAGGUAGGAACACGAUCCCAGUCCUGCCCCAGCAGCACCGCUGCCUGCCUCGCUCAGCAAGUCUUCCUCCCACCACUGGCUCCCCAACGCUCCUGAGCUCACCUCCCGUUCUCCAACUGCUCAGCGUCCAGCCCGUCCCACAGCCCUGUGACUCUGCCAAUGAAGCCCAUUCCACGUUCUCCACAGCCCGUAGGUCCAGGCACCAAGCCCGGAACAUCCCUCUGCCCCACAGCCAGGGUCCCUGCACAGAGAAAAGAGAGAGCCCUGCCUUAUAGUCCCACAGCCACCUCCCCAACCACGUUCUGUCGGCUCCAGCACCGGAGCAGAGCCUUUCUGUGCAGGGAACACAGCUCUGGCAGCUGCCGGGAGAGAGCAGGAGCCAGCCCUGGCGCUGACAGAGCCCCCAGCACCCCCUGAAUCAUCUCUUCUUCUGUGGAGGAGGAGAGCGGGGGUCCUCUGGCCUGCCAAGAUCUCCAUGCCGACCACUUCUGGCUGGUGGGAGUGACCAGCUGGGGGAAAGGCUGUGCCAGAGCCCGUCGGCCGGGGUUCUAACGCCUCUACUCAAUACUUCCACCAGUGGGUCCAGACCCAGAUGGCGACGCCGUCAUCGGAAGUAGCAGCUGCAGGUCUUGCAUGGUGGCAAGGGCUGAGGAGCAGGGGGAAGGGGAUGCAGGGCAGGCUGCAUGGUGCCACCACCAUGUCCUGCUGGGGCCAUGCCUGCUGCUCCGAAGGCAGCCUCAGCUUCCCAGACCUGGUUGGUCCUGCCCACGCUCCUCAGACCACCCACCAAUACAUUUGUUUGUUUGCAAUGUGCUUGGAUUCCAUUUGAUUGUAUUCUAUGAUUGUAUUCAGUCAUGGUUCUGUUCUAUUCCAUUCUGUUUCUAUUUCCGUUCAAUUCUUUGCUGUCCUAUGAAUCUGUUUGUCUCUGUUCUGGAAAUAAAGCUCAGGUUUUCGUACCAAACUCUUCUUCAGUCCCUUUCUGUCUCCGGGGCAAGGCAAGGUCUCCAUGUCUUCUGGUCCUGCGCAAUGAUGCUGCAGGCAGAGAGGAGGACACAAAGGGAAACAAUGGCUCCAAAGGAUGAACCUGUGCCUGCUCCAAGAGCAGACAGAGUGCAGUGGAAGAAGGGAACACUGGACACAGGGGCUGGAGGUCUGUGGAGACUCAUGGAAUCAUAGAAGGGUUUGUUUUGGAAGGGACCUCAAAGACCAUCCCGUUCAGGUUAAACAUUCUUCCUAAGAUCUCAUCACAACUUCCCCUCUUGCAGCUUAAAACUCUUUUGCCUCAUCCUAUCCCCAUCCUCCCUGGCCAAGAGCCCCUCCCCAGCUUUCCUGGAGCCCCUUUCAGUACCUCAAGUCCCCAAAAGGGGUCUUGUGGCACCAAAGAUGGGAUUUCUGGACCCCAAAAUCUGUCUUCUGGCCUCAAAAAUGGCACUUCUGGCCCUAAAAGUUAGU